AUGGCCUUUGACUUAGUUGAGAUAGAAGCAGUCUUAGAAGCCCUUGAUAGUCAAGGAGUCCCUACUCUGUACAUAAAGAUUCUUCGUGAGUUGCACAAAAAUUUCACAACCAAGGUAUCACCAUUCUACAACGAUAUUAACAUUGACGUCAAAAGAGGAGUUAGGCAAGGCGAUACCAACUCGUCAAAAUUAUUCACCGCUACCCUCGAGAACGUCAUGCGAACACUGGAAUGGGACAACAUGGGAGUGAAAAUCGAUAGUCGGCUGUUGCAUCAUCUUCGCUUUGCUGAUGAUAUCGUCCUCGUAACACCAAACAUUAGCCAAGCGGAACGUAUACUUAAGGACUUUGACAAAGAAUGUGGAAAGAUUGGUCUUCGACUAAAUCUCACAAAAACGAUGUUCAUGGUGAACGGAUUGGUUUCUUACGCCCCACUCACGCUCAACGGAACGAAUAUCUCCGAAUGCUCCAGCUAUGUCUAUCUAGUUCGGGAAAUCAAUAUGAUGAACGACUUAGCUCCAGAACUGAGCAGAAGGAAACGAGCGGCUUGGGGACUUUCCAAGAGCAUCGAGGAUGUAGUGAAGAGAAUAAAGAACACCCGACUCGGUGCCCACCUUUUCGAUUCACCAGUCUUUCCUGUUCUAACGUAUACGUCAGAAAUCUGGUGGAUGCGUAAGUAG